AUGAAAAUCGCGAUUCUUGCCUCUGUCUUUGUGGUAACGUCGAGCGUUCUGUGGUGCACAUGCGAGGAUAUUCCUGAUAAAAUAAUUUGCAACUGGGAUUUCAUUGGUAUUGGCAAAGUUUACACGACUGGACCGCACUAUAAUCCUUAUUUGAAACAAACAUACGAAUUCGUCGGAGAUAUUAUCAGAACACGUUGCCCGGAAAUUCGUUUAUUCCUUUACACGCCAAAAGCUUUUUGCACGAUAAGAGGUAAACUCUACAACGACAAAAAAUACCUCAUCACAGGUAAUUGGAACCCGAAAUGGGGUGGGUUCAUUUAUUCAGUUUGCUUACCGAAUCUGGAAAGAGCAAGAUCAAUUCUAAACAAAACUCGAAUAAAACAGCAUUGCCUCGAAGAAGAUUUGUGGCGGAAUAAAAAAUGUCGGUGA